UGUCUCAAUCACAUUACACUAAGAAUUCAAGUACCUGUGUAAAAUAUGAUGCAUUUUAUUGGUAUAGACACUCAUAAUGGGUUGGAACAAUUACAGCUUUUAGCUGCAUUACAAACUUGUAUCAAUCAGAUAUUUGGAAGUAACAAUGACUGGCCAUUAACUAGAAUGAGAAGAGUUAUCAGCCUAUGUUUAAUGAUUGGAAGAUUGAUCAAUCCCUUUUUCAUUUCUUCAUAAUUAGGUUGCUUUUAUAUUAAUGUGAUAUGUUUGCAUGUUCACACCUCUAUAUCACUUAAACGACUGAUCCAUUUUAACUGAGGUCAAUCAAACACAUGAUUUAGAGAACUCAAAUGAAUUGAAAUGCUGAAUUAUCAAAUUUAAGUGUCAAACAGAGUAGUUUGGGGUUCUGGAACUGAUGCAUAAAACAGGAAACUUGUAGAAUUAGCAGGGCUUGCAUGUAAGAAAUCACAUUGAACACUCCAUUUUAUACCUUGGUUAAUCCUGGUUGUUGACCGCUGCAAAUGCUGGCAAGUGGCCCCCCAUCUCGUAUGGGUUCAUCUGUUUCUCCGUCUCAAGGAAUAUUUCCACCUUCGAAUAUUGGAAAUAGUGAAUUCCUUAAUGUUGGGGCCUCUUCUUCUUUUCCCCCGCCUGAAUUAGAUAUGAACAAAAAUGAUGAAACAGAUUUACUCUCAGUAUCAUGGAAUCAGAACAGUGGUUGUAUUGCUGCUGGGACAAGUAAUGGUUUUCGUAUCUAUAAUUGUGAACCUUUCAAGGAAACUUUCAGGCGUGAUUUAAAGAGUGGUGGUUUCAAAAUUGUGGAGAUGCUGUUCCGGUGCAAUAUUCUGGGACUUGUUGGUUCUGUAGGUAAUACCCAUUACCCACCCAAUAAAGUUUUGAUUUGGGAUGAUCAUCAGAGCAGAUGCAUUGGUGAAUUUACAUUCAGAUCUGAAGUUCGCGGAGUGAAGUUAAGACGUGAUCGGAUUGUAGUUGUCCUUGAGCACAAGAUAUAUAUUUAUAACCUUAUGGAUCUGAAGCUUCUUCACCAGAUUGAGACUCUGGCAAAUCCUAGGGGGUUGUGCUGUCUUUCUCACCAUUCAAAUACAUUUGUUUUGGCUUGUCCAGGUCUUUGCAAAGGACAGGUUCGGGUUGAACAUUUUGGACUAAAUGUUACCAAAUUAAUCAAUGCUCAUGAUUCUCAAAUUGCUUGCUUCACUCUGUCAAUGGAUGGACUACUCCUUGCAACUGCUAGUGUAAAGGGCACUUUGAUUAGAAUCUUCAAUACAAUGGACGGGUCGCGAUUACAAGAAGUGAGAAGAGGGGCGGAUAGAGCUGAAAUAAACAGUAUGGCUCUGUCACCAAAUGUGCAGUGGUUGGCAGCAUCAAGUGACAAAGGAACUGUUCAUUUAUUCAACUUGAGAGUGAGAGUGUUUGGGGAGGAUACUCGGCCAAACUCUCCCAGAGGGCCUGCUCUGGUCCAUCAGAAUUCUUCAACUUCUUUAGAUCCCUUGGUUUCUCCAAAUACCGGUGCCAAUCCGAAUUCAUCAUUAUCUUUCAUGAGAGGAGUUUUACCAAAAUACUUUAGCUCAGAAUGGUCAUUUGCUCAGUUCCACUUGUCUGAACGCACAAAAUUCAUUGUGGCAUUCGGAUCGCAGUCUCAGAACAGUGUCCUAAUUGUUGGCAUGGAUGGGAGUUUCUAUAGGUGCAGUUUUGAUCCGGUGCGUGGGGGUGCAAUGUUGCAGAAGGAAUAUGUUAGUUUUCUAAAGUUUCAAAGUAGAUCAACUAUUUAGAGUUGUUCCACAUCCUCACCAACCAUUAAACUCUUCUCAGCCAUGUAAAUAUGAUGCAUCCCCAAGAUCAGGCAUAUGUGUAAAUAUGAUCCCCCAACAUUGAAGGCUUGGAGAUACAUUGCUGUCUAUUACUGUAUAAAUCUUGUAUAUAGUAGAGACUAGAGGAAAAUAAAAUGAAAUGAAAUUGUAAAAGAACAAUGCCCAUGGCAAAUAAUUCACUUGUUGAAUCUGCCAUAACACCAUUUCCGGCAAAAUUUUUGAGUAUCAGAUCAUGUUACAAAUAUUUGGCAAGUUUGCAUAACAUAA